AAGCGCGGCGGCGAGGACAGCGCACGCGCUUUCGGCGCGCGCGGCUCUGAGGGCUGCGCUCGAUCUGGCGUUUUCACUUCCUUCUUUCCGGAGCUGUAUCCGGGUCGUUGCUUUCUCUAUUGUCUCACACAGUCGGCCUCGGACUGUGCAAGUCCUAGGUCUUUUGUUCCUUCGGGUGCAGGCUAAUAAAGUUUUUCUUUUAUAUUUUUCCACCUGGGGAGUUAUUGGCGCCCCGGGGCCGCUGCCGGGCCGGAAGGCACCUGUGUCCGGAGCGCCGUGGGAAGGGGAGCGGCCGGGCGGGCGCGGACUGGGGCGGGGGGCGGGAGUGGCCGUGGGCGGCUCUGGGCGCGCCCCUGGAUGGUCGGCGGCGCGGCAGAUUUUAAAUAUCUUUUUUCGGACCUGCUUCCGCGGUCCCAGUCCCUGACCUCGGCGGGUUCCCACAGCUUCUCCCUAGGUCUCCUCCAAGCGACGGAUUCCUUAUGGAUCGCAGCUCCAAGAGGAGGCAGGUGAAGCCUCUGGCAGCUUCUCUUCUAGAAGCUCUCGAUUAUGAUAGUUCAGAUGACAGUGAUUUUAAAGUUGGAGAUGCUUCAGAUUCUGAAGGGAGUGGUAAUGGAAGUGAAGAUCCUUCAAAGGACAGUGGAGAAGGUUCCUGUAGUGAUUCUGAAGAAAAUAUAUUAGAGGAAGAACUGAAUGAAGAUAGUAAAGUAAAAGAGGAACCACUUAAAAAUUCUUCAGAGGAGGAAAUACUAUCAUCCGACAAACAGUUAAUCAAAAUGGAAAAGAAAGAGGAAGAAGAAAAUGAAGAGAGACCUAGAAAGAAAAGGGAGAAAGAGAAGGAAAAAGAAAAAGAGAAAGAAAAAGAGAAGGAAAAAGAAAAAGAGAAAGAAAAAGAGAAGGAAAAAGAAAAAGAGAAGGAAAGAGAGAAGGAAAAAGAAAAAGCAACAGUAUCUGAUAAUGUGGCUGCUUCAGCAGCUGCCACCACACCAGCCACAAGUCCUCCUGCUGCCAACACACCCCCUUCUGCCCCCACUACGAUGACCGCCACAGAGGAACAAGUCAGUGAGCCAAAAAAAUGGAAUCUGCGUCGAAACCGACCACUUUUGGAUUUUGUGUCCAUGGAAGAGCUGAAUGACAUGGAUGACUAUGACAGUGAGGAUGACAAUGACUGGUGACCUACUGUAGUGAGGAGAAAAGGGAGAUCAGCAUCCCAGAAAGAGGGAAGUGAUGGGGACAAUGAGGAUGAUGAAGAUGAGGGAAGUGGGAGUGAUGAAGAUGAGAACGAUGAAGGCCAUGAUGAAGACCAUGGCAGUCCUGCUAGCGAAGGGGGUUGCAAGAAGAAGAAGAGUAAAGUUCUUAGCAGAAACAGUGCUGAUGAUGAGGAGCUAACCAAUGAUAGCCUGACACUAUCUCAAAGCAAGAGUAAUGAGGACUCGCUGAUUCUUGAGAAGAGUCAAAACUGGAGUUCUCAGAAAAUGGACCAUAUUCUGAUUUGCUGUGUUUGUCUUGGAGAUAACAGUGAGGAUGCUGAUGAAAUAAUUCAGUGUGACAAUUGUGGCAUUACAGUUCAUGAAGGUUGUUAUGGAGUUGAUGGAGAGAGUGACUCUAUUAUGAGUUCAGCUUCUGAAAACUCCACUGAACCUUGGUUUUGUGAUGCUUGUAAAUGUGGUGUUUCUCCUAGCUGUGAACUGUGUCCAAACCAGGAUGGAAUUUUCAAGGAGACAGAUGCUGGAAGAUGGGUUCACAUUGUCUGUGCCCUCUAUGUACCUGGGGUAGCCUUUGGAGAUAUUGACAAAUUACGACCAGUGACACUAACAGAAAUGAAUUAUUCCAAAUAUGGUGCCAAGGAAUGUAGCUUUUGUGAAGACCCUCGCUUUGCUCGAACCGGAGUUUGCAUUAGCUGUGAUGCAGGGAUGUGCAGAGCCUAUUUUCACGUGACCUGUGCCCAGAAAGAAGGUUUGCUUUCAGAGGCAGCAGCAGAAGAGGAUAUAGCAGAUCCAUUUUUUGCUUAUUGUAAGCAACAUGCAGAUCGUUUGGACAGAAAGUGGAAGAGAAAAAACUACUUGGCUCUGCAGUCCUAUUGUAAGAUGUCUUUGCAAGAGAGAGAGAAGCAGCUAUCACCAGAAGCACAGGCAAGGAUCAAUGCCCGGCUGCAGCAGUAUCGUGCCAAAGCAGAACUAGCUCGAUCCACCAGACCCCAGGCCUGGGUUCCAAGGGAAAAAUUGCCCAGACCACUCACUAGUAGUGCUUCAGCUAUUCGUAAACUGAUGCGGAAAGCAGAGCUAAUGGGGAUCAGUACAGAUAUCUUUCCAGUGGACAAUUCAGAUACUAGCUCUAGUGUGGAUGGAAGGAGAAAACAUAAGCAACCAGCUCUCACUGCUGAUUUUGUGAAUUAUUAUUUUGAGAGAAAUAUGCGCAUGAUUCAAAUUCAGGAAAACAUGGCUGAACAAAAGAAUAUAAAGGAUAAAUUAGAGAACGAACAAGAAAAGCUUCAUGUGGAAUAUAAUAAGCUGUGUGAAUCUUUGGAAGAAUUGCAAAACUUGAAUGGAAAACUUCGAAGUGAAGGGCAAGGAAUAUGGGCCUUACUAGGCAGAAUUACAGGACAGAAGUUGAACAUACCAGCAAUUUUGCGAGCACCUAAGGAGAGAAAACCAAGUAAAAAAGAAGGAGGCACACAAAAGACAUCUACGCUCCCUACAGUACUUUAUAGUUGUGGGAUUUGUAAGAAGAACCAUGAUCAACACCUUCUUUUACUGUGUGAUACCUGUAAACUCCAUUACCAUCUUGGAUGUCUGGAUCCUCCUCUUACAAGGAUGCCAAGAAAGACCAAAAACAGUUAUUGGCAGUGCUCAGAAUGUGACCAGGCAGGGAGCAGUGACAUGGAAGCAGACAUGGCCAUGGAAACCUUACCAGAUGGGACUAAACGAUCACGGAGGCAGAUUAAGGAGCCAGUGAAAUUUGUCCCACAGGAUGUGCCACCAGAACCCAAAAAGAUUCCAAUAAGAAACACGAGAACCAGAGGACGGAAACGAAGUUUCAUUCCUGAGGAAGAAAAACAUGAGGAAAGAGUUCCUAGAGAAAGAAGACAAAGACAGUCUGUGUUACAAAAGAAGCCCAAGGCUGAAGAUUUAAGAACUGAAUGUGCAACAUGCAAAGGAACUGGAGACAAUGAAAAUCUUGUCAGGUGUGAUGAAUGCAGACUCUGCUACCACUUUGGCUGCUUGGAUCCUCCUUUGAAAAAGUCCCCUAAACAAACAGGCUAUGGAUGGAUAUGUCAGGAGUGUGAUUCUUCAUCUUCUAAGGAAGAUGAAAAUGAAGCUGAAAGAAAAAAUAUAUCUCAGGAGCUCAGCAUGGAACAGAAAAAUCCAAAGAAAUAAAAGAUUUUCUGUAGUGUUUUUGAAAAGUUUGCAACUUAGGUAGUAGCAGAUGAGAUUUCUAAUUUGUAAUAUGUUAAAUUGUAAAAUCUUACUUGCAAAAUGUUCUCAAUAAAGUUGUUGAAAUAGGA